AUGCCUACAAAGGGGGAAAGGGGAAAAGCGACGGACUUCAGCAUCGCGGCCAUCAUGGCGCCCAGGGGUCCGUCCUUCGGGCAUUACCACCUGCAGGGCAUUGGCAACGCCGCCGCUACCGCUAAUACCAGCUUGGAAUGUCCAACUGGCAAAGCAUUCGUCGCCAACUCUGUCCUCGAUCACCGAGCGAGGACGUCGCCGGUGAACAUAGUCGCAACCGCGACCGUCGUCACCGACGAAGCUUUGUUGCCGGACGACGAAGUGGACAACUGCGAAGGUGAGAGCGAAGGAACCGAAAAAUCGACCAACGAGGAGGACGAAGAGGUGGACGUGGACGUCGAAGAGUGUAGCAGCGUGGACGACGGACCGGUCCACGGUGUCCCGGACGAUUUGAGCACGUCUUCGUCGAGAAAGUGCCAAGACGCUUACAGCGAACACGAGCGGAAGCAUCGGCUUCGAACCAGUUGCAAUUCCGACGAGCUCCGUGACGUCGAGUGCCAUCUCGAAACGAAAGAGUUGUGGGACAAAUUCAACGACCUCGGGACAGAGAUGAUCAUCACGAAAACUGGCAGGCGGAUGUUCCCGACCUGCCGGGUGUCGUUCAGCGGAUUAAAGUCGGAGGGAAGGUACGCGGUGCUGAUGGACAUCGUUCCGGUGGACAACAAGAGAUAUCGGUACGCGUACCAUCGAAGCUGUUGGCUGGUCGCGGGGAAAGCGGAUCCUCCGGCGCCGGCGCGACUCUACGUUCAUCCGGACUCGCCGUUUACCGGGGACCAGCUACGAAAGCAGGUGGUCUCGUUCGAGAAGGUCAAGCUGACCAACAACGACAUGGACAAGCACGGUCAGAUCGUACUGAACUCGAUGCACAGAUAUCAGCCGAGGAUACAUUUGGUUCGGUGUCGGCAAACCGACGACAACAAUCUUCACAUAACCGACCUUCAGAAGGAGGAGCACAAAACGUUCAUAUUCCCCGAGGCUAUUUUCACCGCGGUUACUGCCUAUCAAAAUCAGUUGAUAACCAAGCUGAAGAUCGACAGCAACCCGUUCGCGAAAGGUUUCCGAGACUCUUCGAGGCUGACGGAUUUCGAUCGGGACCCGAUGGAGCUGAUGGAGCAACAGUUGGUCAGGUGUGGCGUCGCGCCCGUCCGAUUGUACGAACAAAAAAAGCAACAGCAGUCCCAGCAGCAGCAACAGCAACAGCAGCAGCAGUCGCAACACGACACCUCUCCGCACGCGUUACCGCCUUGGAUAACGCCCUCGACGGCCCUUCUUUACGGGAGCGUGGGCCAGCCGCAUCCUGGAAGCAGGUCCGCCACCGGAUCCACGUCUCCGUAUCCGGCCGCGGCGGCCACCGCGCCCUUCCCCUAUCCCGCGGCCUUGCCCUGGCCCUGGCAGCCGCCGCCAGUCGCCAUCAUCUCGCGAAGAUCGUCGCCUCCUACCGCCGCCUCCCUCAGGUACACCCCGUAUCCACCCCCGGCCAGCACACCACCGCCCCUCAGACCCCGUCCACCCACCCCUAAUUAG